AUGGCAGAAGAGGAGAUGCGCGCGAGCGCGCUCGCGGCCCAGAACGCGCGGCUGCAGGUGCAGCUGCGGGAGCUGCAGGAGCUGCGGGAGCGGCAGGAGCAACAGCAGCAGCAGCAGCAACAGCAGCCGCAGCAGCAGCAGGCCCUCCACCCAGCC